UGCCUCCAUCACUCUUUCAACAUUUCCCAUUGAAGGUUGAAGAGACGAAACAAUCCUUUCAACAACACGAUCGCGCUGCCAUUUCCGACGGAAUACGGCAUCUACACCGCAAUAUCUCUUUUUAUUUAGUUCAUAUCGUUCUUGAUUUUUAACAUCAUCAGAGCUGGUCGUGCUCACCCGUCGCAACAAUGGAUUAUGACACAAUGAUGGACACAGACUUGAGGGAUGAGUUGGGCCCUAAGAUACAGGUGUCAGCUGCGGAUAACUACCACGUCGAUUUUGAGCUUAGCAAUGUUGACCUGUCCCUCGCGAACUCCAUCCGUCGCGUCAUGCACGCCGAAGUUCCUACCGUCGCGAUCGAUCUCGUCGAGAUUGAAGAGAACACCUCUGUCCUAGCCGACGAAUUCAUCUCCCACCGACUAGGAUUGAUUCCCCUGGACUCAAGCGAAAUCGACCAACUUAAUUACUCCCGAGAUUGCGAUUGCGACCAAAACUGCGGCCGAUGCAGUGUCACUUUAACACUCCACGCUAAAUGCACCACAGACGAGGUUAUGAAGGUUUACGCGCGUGACCUCAUAGUUGGUAUUGACCGACCUACUUCGCAGAUUGGCAACCCCGUCAUCACGGAUCCGGAGCGGCUUGGUUCUCUUAUCUGCAAGCUUCGUAAGGGUCAAGAGCUGAAGCUCACCUGUAUUGCGAAGAAGGGCAUUGCCAAGGAGCAUGCUAAAUGGUCUCCGACUGCCGCUAUUGGCUUCGAGUAUGACCCUCACAAUCGUUUGCACCAUUUAGAUCUUUGGUACGAACAAGAUGCUGCGUCUGAAUGGCCUAAGUCGAAGUACGCUGAACUGGAAGAGCCGCCUGCCGAGGGUGAGCCGUUCGACUACGACGCUGAACCAAACCGAUUUUACUUCGAGGUUGAGGGUAUUGGCAAUAUUCAGUCGGACACCAUCAUCUUGGAGGGCGUGAAGGAGCUACAACGCAAGCUGGCCGGUCUUAUCCAUGGUCUCGGAGAAAGCGAGGGAAUGAAUGGUGAUUAUGGGGGCGGCCGCAGCCCCGAUCCGAUUGAUGGAGGAGCCGGAUACUUGGAUGGUGGUUAUAGUACACCUUACGGUAACACCGGAGGUGCUAGUACUUGGGGCGGCGGAGCGACAGCCUAUGGAACCACACCCUAUGGCAACUCGGGUUCGAACGGCUGGAGUUAAACGUUUUCUUGCUGAAAGAACCCAUCGCAUAAGAGCCUUAGCGUUUUGGCCUUCUUUUAGAGGUGGUUCAGGAGUUGUACGAUGCGAAAGAGUCGUCCCGUAGAAAAAGCAGGAGGGUUUGGUUUACUCAAGAUAGGUUUUCUUGAGCUGCAUUGUUCAGGAGUUCAGGGUACCUCACAAUAGGGGAUGAGGACAUUGCAUUUUCACGAGUAAUUUGUGCCCCUCUAAUCAAAUACAUGCAUGCGUUUUAAAAAGGUCAACCGAAGGAUUUCAUCAGGCAGUUUAUUCGUAAGCAAAAUAAAGCGCUAUACCCUAUCUC